AUGCUGCCACCCAGCAUUCAGAUCCACGAGGGACCUGGCCAAGUUGUUGUCAAGCUCGCUGACGGGAAACCACGCCGCGUAUCGCGGCGCGAAGUGUCGUUGCCGUACACGUUUGACGGCUUUCGCAUGAGACGUCGAAGCAAGUUCGACGUCAGCGAAGUGUUCACCCAUCUCUUGGUGUCUCCAAGUGAUUGGCCGAACGUUACAGUCGUGGAUCGUACAUCCACGACACCGGCGGUACACAGAGUGAGCGAUGGCCCUCUCUGUACCGCUUGUUCCGUGCCCCUACGCACGAGUGAUGAUGCCUCCUCGCUUUGCAGCGAGGAGUCCGACGUGGACGAGCAGUGGCUCCCGCGUGAUGACGACGCGGACGAGCAGUGGCUCCCGCGCGACGACGACGCGGUCGAACAGCGGUUCCCGCACGAGAGAGCAGUGGUCGAACACGAACAAGUGUUCCCACCUGCACCCAUUGUGGUCGAGCAGAGGCUCCCACAAAGGCAAGAUGUGGCCGAGCAGGGGCUCGCCACCGAGUGUGACGUGGAUGGACAAGAGUCCCACGGUGCGAACAUGAUGGUCGAACAGGGGUUCCCAUCGUCGCCUACUGUGGUCGAACAGAGUUUCCCACAUGAGCAAGACGUGGUCGAGCAGGGGCUCCCACACGAGUUUGUGGCGGUAGAGCAGGGGCUCCCGCAUCAUGCAUCGACGGACGAGUAUGGACUACUCCCGUCACGCGAUUUCGACGUCCUGGAUGAGGACAUCCAGCGUCUAGAGGGGGGUGCAGAUUUAACACCUGACUGCGGUUCGCCAGCUUCGAGCAUGGACUCGAAGCACGAUGGGGACGCAAGCUACGAGAACUCAGCGUUGGAAUACGUCCACGCUAUUGUGACUCUCCUGGAAGCAUUUUCUACGGACCUCCAGAGAGGCACGGUGGAACAAGUAUGUCUGGUCACCAACGAGGUGACCUAUGAGCCGAAUGAGGAGCGAAUGACGCGCCCUCGAAGCGCUGAGCAAAAGUCAGCGCGCGAAGAAAGAUUUGCGUCGCAAUCUUGGAAGGCUCUGCGCGAGUCUGGUAACCCUGUUUAUGACAUUGCACGAGAGUACGCCGACGUGUUCCCGGACAAGAUUCCGGCCGAACUCCCUGCCGAUCGUGGCGUGCGGCACGAGAUUGAUCUCGUGCCAGGAUCGAAAUAUUGUGUGACACGCCAGUGGCCGUUGCCUCGAGACCAAGUCGAGGCUAUUGAUGCAUUCUUCGAAGGUCGUCUCAAGGCCGGUCAUGUGCGUGAGAGUGUCUCACCCCAUUCGAGCCCAACCUUCUGCGUAAAGAAGGCUACGGGAGGCUGGCGUAUAGUGCAUGCGUUUAACAAGCUCAACGAUGCCACUAUUCCUGCCCAAACGCCUAUCCCCAGGAAAGACAUGAUUCUAAACUCCAUGUCAGGUAGCGUCAUCUUCAGCGCCAUCGAUCUGACCGAUGGCUUCUACCAGAUCUUGAUGCGACAGAGUGACAUACCACUCACUGCGGUGUCUACCCCGAGUGGUAUGCUAUGGGAGUGGCUGGUGAUGCCACAAGGAUUGAAGAACGCACCAGCCACUUUCAAUCGCAUGGUAUCUCAAGUGUUGAGACCGCUUCGAGACUUUGCUCCUAGCUACUUCGAUGACAUUUUUGUCCACAGUCGCGCUGAGGGCAACCUCAGUGCUGUCCAAGUUCACCUUCAACACCUGAAGCAGGUGUUUCAAGUCAUGCGAGAUAACAAGUUAUAUGCAAACUUGAAGAAGUGUGUAUUCUGUGCACCGGAGAUUCCGGUGCUGGGCUGCUACGUGAGUAAAUCGGGUGUUCGAGCCGAUCCAGAGAAGGUGUCGUCAUUCCGUUUUUGGCCCACACCCAAGAACCCUACGGAGUUACGUCAAUGGCUCGGUCUAGCUAAUUACUUGCAUAAGUACACAAAGGAUUACGCCGGUUCUAUACAGCCCCUGUCGUCACUUCUGAAGAAAGACGCCACGUGGUCGUGGCGUCCCGAACAUCAAGCAGCCUUUGACGCAGUGAAGAAGAGCCUGGCGUCGGCGCCAGUGUUGAUACUCCCUGACGACACCAAGCCGUUUCACGUUGUGUGUGAUGCAAGUGACUUUGCAAUUGGUUGCGCCCUCAUGCAGUUCGAUCAUGAGGGCCGUGAACGAGUCGUGAGCUACCAGUCACGACAGAUGAAGCCGGCAGAGAAGAACUAUCCGGUUCAAGAUAGGGAACUGCUAGCGAUGCGCUAUGCACUCAUCAAGUUUCGUGUCCACCUACUGGGCGAACGCACGUUCGCCCUGUAUACUGAUCAUGCAUCGCUGCGAACAGCAAUAAGGAGCCCACACCUGUCACAGCGGAUGGCACGGUGGCUCUCUUUCUUCUCCGAGUACAACUUCGUCGUGCACUACAAGCCAGGCAAGACCAACAUUCUUGCUGACGCACUGUCACGACGCCCAGAUUACGAUCCUCGUAUGGCACUGAGUCGUCAGGCAACUGACGACGUAGAUGAAGACAAUCGAUGUGCGACGUGUGUGUCGUUGAAUCUAAGUCGGGUCACACCCGAGUUAUGCCUUUUCGAUGAAAUUGUCGCGGCUUACGCGAACGACCCGGAUUACGCGGACAUUAUCGCCUAUCUGCGCGCUCCCAGUGAGGCUGCACUGGGAGCUCUUUCGCGAACGAAGCGUGAUUACAUUCAACGAUACAGUAUGGACGGUGGUUUGCUGUUAUAUAGCAUCGACAAAUUCGAUGCACCUCGAACGGUGAUUGCGAAUGACUUGGAUUUGCGUGCUCGUAUCAUCCACGAGUACCAUGAUGCCCAAUUGGCGGUCAUCUGGGCCGCGAAAAGACAUUCGCGGCUGUCUCGCGUGACUUCUUCUGGCCCCACAUGUACAAAUGAGUUCGCAACUGGGUUCGCACCUGCGAAUAUGUCAGCGCGUGAAGCCAUCUCCAUCGUCGCAGGCUCCCCUGCGACCCCUGCCAAUUGCAGCUGA